AUGGCUGGUAGAAAGACUAACAACGCACAAGCAACUUUCACCAACUGCCUACGUGGUGUGAUCGAAGAAGCUGAUGCACUUGCGAGACAAGAAAACGUUGAAUUGGCCCUUUGGCUCGAAUCUCCAGCUGGACAACCGUAUGUGUACAAAACUCCGGGCUUCAACACUGUGUCUAGGCGUUAUCGAAAUGCUAGUCAGGCUAGGAUUCGCCAAAAUCAAGCCACACUCGAUCGUAUCACGAAAGAGCUGGCAGAAGAGAAGGAGCGGGCAAAGGUUCUGAAGAAGAGGGAAGAAGAGUUGUUCAAAAAACAUGAGGUCAAAGAGAUUGCAGAUAUGAACUUGGAGGAGUUACUUGCCUUCAAGGAAAAGCUGGAAAUUCUCCGUGAGACUAUCAAUAGUGCUACUAAGUAG